CAGGAAACAACCUCAGACUAGGGUGAAAGGUUAACUGUAGGCGCUGCUGAGCUUUGAAGCUGCGUUGUGUUAUAGUUAAGGAGCGUAUAGGGGAAAAAAACCCGAAAAGAGGGGAUGAUGCUGAUAUUACGGCCGACGGCAUUGUGGGUCUCGAAAGGGCGGGUGGUUUUCCAAGGAAGGAGGUUUUCGGGGGCUGUGCACCAACAAGGUAAAGACCAUGUUGAUGAAUCUUUACUCCGACCACUAUAUAUGGAUGUCCAAGCAACUACCUCUCUGGACCCAAGGGUUUUGGAUAGCAUGCUGCCUUAUCUUGUGCAUUACUAUGGCAACCCACACUCUAGAACUCAUGCAUAUGGUUGGGAAAGUGAAACUGCAAUGGAAAAAGCCAGACAGCAAGUUGCAUCAUUAAUAGGAGCAGAUCCUCGUGAAAUUAUUUUUACCAGUGGGGCCACAGAAUCAAACAAUAUAGCAAUUAAGGGUGUUGGAAGAUUUUAUAAAUCCAGAAAGAAACAUAUAAUUACAACACAAACUGAGCACAAAUGUGUGCUAGAUUCUUGUCGUGCCUUAGAAGCUGAGGGCUUUCAAGUCACCUACUUGCCUGUAAAGAAAAAUGGCCUUAUAGAUAUAAAGGAACUGAAAAAUGCAAUACAACCUGAUACAAGCCUAGUGUCAAUAAUGACUGUGAAUAAUGAAAUAGGAGUGAAACAACCAAUUAGUGAUAUAGGUGACAUUUGCAGUGCCAAUAAAGUAUUUUUUCAUACAGAUGCUGCACAGGCAGUUGGAAAAAUCCCUCUGGAUGUCAGUGAUAUGAAAAUUGAUUUAAUGAGCAUAAGUGGCCAUAAAAUUUAUGGUCCCAAAGGGGUUGGUGCAAUUUAUGUCCGGCGGCGACCAAGAGUAAGAGUGGAACCUAUACAGAGUGGAGGAGGUCAAGAGCGAGGAUUACGUUCUGGAACUGUGCCAACUCCAUUAGUAGUUGGCCUUGGGGCAGCUUGUGAAUUGGCACAGCAAGAAAUGGAGUAUGACCAUAAACGAAUUAGCUUAUUAGCUGAUAGGCUAAUCACAAAAAUAAUGUCAGAAGUUCCUGAUGUUGUAAUGAAUGGAGACCCAGUGCAUCGUUAUCCAGGCUGCAUCAAUUUAUCAUUUGCGUAUGUGGAAGGGGAAAGCUUGCUGAUGGCCCUGAAAGAUGUGGCACUCUCUUCUGGAAGUGCUUGUACAUCUGCAUCUUUGGAACCGUCAUACGUAUUGCGUGCAAUUGGAACAGAUGAAGACUUGGCUCACUCAUCCAUAAGAUUUGGAAUUGGACGUUUUACUACUGAAGAAGAAGUAGAUUAUACUGUAAAUAAAUGCAUACAACAUGUGAAAAGAUUAAGAGAAAUGAGCCCACUGUGGGAGAUGGUACAGGAUGGAAUUGAUUUGAAAAGCAUUAAAUGGACACAGCAUUAAAAUACAUACAGUAUAUAUCAGACUGCAUGGUUGUGGAUUAAAUGUUUCUGUACAUUCCUGAGAAAAAGUAUAUAGUUUCAAGUGUGCAAUCCGUGGGUAACCAGUGAAAUGCUCUUUUUAAAUACAGAACCUGAAAACUAAUUCUAAGGCAGAGUUUUGUUUUGUGCAUUAACUUUCACAUAAAGAAGUAUAAAUGGACAUAAAAUAUGUUGACACCA